ACAUGUUAGAGAAUAAAUAAAUCUAUAGUUAUUGAUAAAGUUUAAUAUUAUUUUAUUAAUAAAAAUAGCAAUUGUUGAUUUUUAAAAAAACAUGGAUAAAUAAUUUUACAAUUGAUAAUUGUUUUUAAUUAUUGAUAAACAAAGGAUUCGAUUCAAGUGUAUUAAUGCUGGCUACAUAUUAUAACAAAAUACGGUUUAUUACAUAAUGAAAAUAAAAUCUUUUUAGUAAUUUUAUGAUUAUUGAUUUAAGAAAUAUGAAUGAUGACAAAAAAAAUUCUGUGGGAAAAACAAAUAACCUUGAUGAUAUCAACAAGAAUAAAAUAUUAAUAUCGAUAAAAGAUUUUCAAGAUAAACAUUCUGAUUGUGUAGGAUGGAUUUUUCCUCUGGGAGGUGCAACUUUUAUGGGCAGUUUAUUCAUAGUUCCUUAUGCUAUGAAAUCUAUAACAUUCAUACCUCUCACUGUUGAAUUGAGAUUAUUAACAGGAUUAUUGAGUGCAAUUCCUCUAUCAUACUCUGUUAUGAAAAGAUAUAAAGAACGGUGUGAAAAACAUGUAGAAAAUACCUAUUAUUAUAGAAUUAAAAAAUAGAUAAAUAUAGUUUUAAAGAAGAUGCAUUUUGUUCAAAGAAUUAUGCGUUUAACGCAGCUUAAUUCUUUAAAUAAUAUUUUAAAAUAUAAAAAAAAUUGUUACCCUUCAUUUGAAGGUUUCUCAAAAUUUUUACAUAUAACUAACGAUGAAAUGUCAAUGGGUGAAUUGAAUCAUACCUCAGAAUAUCAAGAAAUUGCUCAACAAUUUCUGAAUCCUAGUAUGUAUGGUCAUGGAGUGUUGAUAAUCCAGCCGUAUAUUAAAUGGGGAAAAGCAAAAAGAAAAAAUACAUCACCUGAUCUUCAGCUCCUAGAAGCUGAAGCUUUGGUUAGAACAUUGCCAAACUGGUCAGUUAUCGGUUCAGAACGUAUACCAUUGAUGACUUUUCGUAAACAUCAACUUUUUGGACGUGGAAAUUUGGAAAAGUUAGCAGAAAGAGUUAAAUCUAAUCCUAAAAUUACUGCAGUAUUUAUUAGUUUAGAACUAUUAAGACCUAUUCAAACUGUACAACUGCAAAAAAUUUUUGGAGUUGAUAUUUAUGAUCGUUACUCAAUCGUCAUACAAAUAUUUCGUGAGCAUGCAAAAACAGCAGAAGCGAAAUUACAAGUAGCUGUAGCUGAAUUAUCGCUCAUAUGGAAGAAAAUCGCAUGGGCGAGUGUAGACUCUAAUGGCAGAAUAAAUUUAACAGAAAGGCGUAAAAUGGUUUUACAUGCUCGGGAAAAUAAAUUAAACACGGCAUUGGCAAAAUUAAAAGCACACAGAAAGUUAAUUCGAAGUAGUAGGACAUUAAGAAAUAUACCAACUAUUGCUGUUGUAGGAUAUACGAAUGCUGGAAAAACUUGUCUUAUAAAAGCACUUACAGACGAUGAAUCGUUAGUGCCACAAAAUAAAUUAUUCGCCACACUUGAUACAACUUCACAUGAAGGAUUGCUACCUUGCCGAAUGAAAGUUUUAUACAUGGAUACAAUAGGGUUCAUUCAAGAUCUUCCAGAAGAACUUUUAGAGCCUUUUAUUGCUACUUUUGAAGAUGCUAUAAUUGCGGAUGUUGUCGUCCACGUAUAUGAUGCAAGUCACCCAGAUAGAGAUGCUCAAAUUCAGCACGUUCGAGAAACACUAAAUAAUAUAAUGUCAGAAUUAGAAAUAACCAGUAAACCAAUAAUAGAAGUUGCCAAUAAAUGUGACGUUGCACCGAAAGGAAGUGUUUCUAACGACGUUAUGGCUGUUUCAGCACUGAAUUUGACAGGUACAGAUUUAUUACGAGAACGAAUUGAAAAAGAACUUUUAGCAGUGACAGGACGAAAAUUAAUCAAGAUUCGAGUUCAGUCAGGAAGUACUGCUGCUGCUUGGUUGUAUAAAGAAACCACUGUCACUGAUGCUACUCCAGAUCCAAAUAAUUUACAGUAUAUGGUAUUAAAAGUACUUGUAACAGAUCUCCAAAUUAUGAAAUUUAAAAAAUUUUUGAGUGAAUAGAGCUCUUAGGAAUAAUGUCAAUAACUUAUUGCAUUUAUUGGAUGAAUUAUCAUCCAAGGUGGCAUUAUUGAAUUCAAUUAUUUAAAUCAUUUAGUAAAUAUUUCAUUUAUUAACUAUAAUUACUAAUAAAUUUCAUUGAAUGAAUUAUCAGUCUAAUGAUAAAAUAUUUGAUACAUG